UGAAAAACUCACCACAGCUACUAAAACCAAUAAAACCUAAUCUAAUAAUUUGUGAAAGAGAUACAUAAACCGCGCGAGAUAGAAAACGUGACGGUUUCAUCUUGGAAUUCAAUUUAGCGUUGAAAAGCGUCGAGAUAAUCAGGAGUUCAAUCUGAAAGAGGUGACGUAUGUUGAUUUAAUAAAAUCAGAAUUCUUCUCCUCGGAUGAACGCAAAUAUAUUUGUCUCGUUGGAGCAGAAGCGAUUGGAUAGGUACAACGUUCACUGAUCAUUCGAAACGGGGAUCGGAAUCGGAGACAAUUAUCUUUCUUCGGGGUCUUGUCGCCGUCAAGAAGAUGAAAUAUCUCUCGUUCGAUUGGUCUGCGUUUUUCUAAAUUGAAACUUUUAUAGAUUGAUUUUUCUAUCAUUUGCGCAUUGUGCAAGACGCUUGUUGAGCGCGUGUUGUUGCGAGACAUGACGGACUCUUCUUAGAAUCUAAGAAACAGGAUCCUCUUACAAAAAACGCUUAUAGAAGAGAAUACCCAACUCAAACUGCGAACUCAUCAGAGAUCCGGAUGGAUGUCAACAUGCUGACGCAAGAAAAGUCACCGUUACAAUCGCCGUGUUUUCUGACUUCUCGAGACAUCUUUGAUAAUGUGAUGUGAACCAACGAUUAAUCUUCAAACUUUGUGUUUUUUUUUGCAUGUCGCGCUUGAGAUAUCUUUUUUCGUUCAACAAAAUAAAGCAAUAUCUUACAUCUUAUCUUAUCCGCGCGGCGCAAAGCCGUUCGUGUGCUUCUUGUUGAUUGACGAUAAACUCGCGCGAAACGUCUGACAAGAAACUUUCGAUGAGCUCAACGUGAGAAUGUAUGAAGAAAUCUCGACAAUAUAUCUCGUGAGUGUCUGCUUUUGCCUUUUUUUGCAACAGGUCGUGAGGUCAGUCUCGGAAAUAAUCGUAUAACUGCAUUCUAGUUAUGUACGCAGAUGCCGCGUCUUGUCGUCGCGCGUCGACUUACAUCACCGACCAACAAGUAAGGUCGAAAGUAAAGUUACGACAGUAAAACUACAGUUCGGUUCCGGUUCCCGUGAGAUCUUACUCGCAUUGUUAAAACGUCGACGAAUAUAUUGUGUUGUCGCGUGUGUGUAUCACACAGGUCAUGAUCGGUUGUGUUAGUUGGCUGGUGAAUCUCGGCUUCAGUUUUGCACUAACUCUACUCUUGAUUCCGCUGCUUCUCACCGCAUACAUAGCGGUAACGUCGACGAGGAAGUAUUGGAUACGUUUUGUCAAGUGGAAGUAUCCGAAUUAUGUUGUUGUCGAGGAGAACAGUAUUCGAAGUACUCUGGACCAAGGACGAAACCACGGAAUAUGCACGCUUCUGGUCCAAGGACGUUCGAUCGUGGACGGAGUGAGGAAUCACUUGGUGCACCUGACCGCAACGAGAAGAUUUCUCAAAUCGGUUCUGUCCACGCGAUGGAGCGUCUACGUCUGGAGAGAACUCGAUUACUUCUCCGUGGACAAUCAUCUCGUAAAGUCGCCAUGUUCCUUCCGCGGUCGUCUCCUCACCGAAGGCAAUAUACAGGAUUACAUAAGCGACGUCACGUCUAAGUUUCUUCCGCGAAAACUACCGCCGUGGCAGGUGCACGUGGUGAGCUGUCUGAUGCGAGGUGAGGAGCGACAGAUAUGUCUGGUGCGGGCGCAUCAUCUGUUACUGCGGCAGGAACACCUGACCCUGGCGGACUUUCUGCCGUUGAAGUACUCGACCGACAACUGGACGUGUCAGGAGAGCGACUCGCCCUUUACGAAUCUGUACGUCAAGCCUACCGCUCUGCCGCGUCUCCGACAGAUGCUCCGCGAGAGCUUCAGCAAUUAUUGGAACGACUUCCUUUACAAUAACGAUCCAGUCGAACGGCCGGAGAUACUGAAGAAACGAAUAGGGAUGUUCCAGUGCGUCAAGAUCGCGAUGAUAGUGCUGGUGUGCAGUUUGAAAGAACUAACCAGACCGUGCCAAAAGUCAGAAGGACUGAAAUUCCUGAAGCUCCUGUCGAUCGUCCAGCGCGAAUCGGACAAGAGGAAUUUCAAUCCCCGACUGAUAUUCAACUCCAUUAUGCAUUCCUUCAAUCCGAUCUGCGUCCUUCACUCCUGCGUUGCUUGGUGCUGGUACAUCGUAAUCGUAUCGUUACUAAAAACGCCUCUUUUGCUCAUCCGGGAGUUGCAAGCUUUAAAAUCGCGGCACAAACAUUGCUACCCGGACACUCUGACCUACAUGGCGUCGUGUUACCUUCCACUGACGUUUCAAGCCAUUCGGGAGGUAGUGUCCAUCAGUUGGAUAGCCGUGACCGCGCCCAAGAUCAUCAUCGAGGAGCUGUUUCUCAAGCAUCCGCAGUCGAAUCAGUUGCAAACCAUCUCGCCGUGCGGUAGAAAGGUAGUGGCCUGGUCGGAGGAGAUCGACAUCGAACUGGUGCGUGAGAUCGCCAACGUAACCGGCGCGACGGAAACUGAGGUUCUGUUGGCGGCCACGGUGGACUCUCUGAAAGAAUACUUCAGGCAUUCGGCCGUCAGCAUUCCGGACGACGUGUUCGCGACCGUGAAGUUUGUGAGUCAGUGGGCGGUGUUUCUGCGGAAUCACGAGGCUCACGGUAUCCUGUGCCUCGCAUUACCCACCAGAACGCCAUUGUUUCACGACGAUCUCAUUGAAAUACUGCAGGUCAUUCAACGAAACAUUCACGAAGCCAGAUCGAGACAGAGCGCGAUUUAUGCCAUCACAGCAGCGGAAACGUCCCGCAGUGUGGUAUCGUCGUGCAUACCGUCCAUUAUCUUGAAAUUGCUUCUGAACCAACUGUCGAGAAGAUAUUCUCUGUGCUUGACGCACGUCGACGGAGACUUGCCCGUAGAAGGCGUGGACGGGGUUAUUUACUGGCGUCCGCCGCAGGGAAAUUGCAAUAUGUCUAUAACUCUACACAGAUACGGAAACGGAGUGCGUCUCGGUAUAAUGGGAGACGCAAUGAUCAGUCCUCAGCAUUUUAUCGUCGCAAAAACGUUCCCUCAUAGUGUUCAUAAUUUGGCCGCCAUCCUAGGCGUUCCGAGAUUACCAAGUCGGAGUCCGAGCCCUAAUCUGCUCAAUCCGACGACAUCACCGGGAUAUUGAGACGACGUUUACACUCGCAACGUCGCGAGACGGUAUAAAU